AGUUUUUCUGGUUCCCGCGGGAAUCCUGCUGCAUUGGAUGGCUAUUGGAAAAUUCCCUGGAUUACCGUUGAAGCUGCCAACAAAGACAGGCCCGACGCGUGCUUGCUCCAUUUUUCCUCCAAAGCAAGCACAUGCAAUACAACCGACCGUGUUGUUGCCAUGGAUGGAGUUGUGUCGCUACUGGUACCAUAGUUGCAUCGACCAGGAAGGAGUGAUAGCGGAACAGAGCCCCAAAGCCAAGAAGAAGGAGAGGAGAAAGAACUUUUUUACCACCAUUUGAACCACAUUUUGAUUUUCGCCAAGCACUACUCCAAAUAAUACUGUAGAGAGCAACCAUGAGUGUCAGAGUGGCGCAAGGCAGCCAUGCGCUGGAUUCUCACAACGAUGCCAAGUCGAUCAGCUCUUACCGAUCUACUCACACAACUCGCUCUUCCGUACUGGAGAGAGCCCGUGAAUACAAUCGCCGCAUUGACGAACAAAAACACCGUCGAUCAAAGUCUCUAGAGCGAGAUUCCGACGUGCCCGACAAUGCUUCCAGUGCAUCUGGCGCUACUCCCCGCUCUCAAUCCGCAGGCAGGAUGUCUAGUAGUCAGGUUGCACAGGGCAAUCGUCCAUCCACUCGAGAACGCGCCAUGGCUUCUGUGCAGCGUGAAAGUAUGGGCAGUAACAAUGCUGCACGAAACCAUGAUGCGCAUCCUCAGCACCAAGCAGAAAAUAGAAGCAGCAGCCAUCAUACACGGGCCAGCUCUACGAGUCACCAACGAGAAAGUCCUGGAGGGAACGAAGCAGCACAGCCAACACCACGCUCACGCUCUUCUGCGGGCUCAUACAGCUCACACAUGAGCCGUCCAAAGCCCACCACACCUCGCAUUGCCAAUGGCUCCAGUAGCCAUCACAACAGCAACAACCAUCAUCACAACCAAAAUAACAAUAGUGCCGGCCACAAUGCUCACUAUCAAGAGAAAACUCGCAGCCAUGGCAAUCAUCAUCCUAAUCAACAAACACGUCACAGCCACCCAAGGGUGAGCACUGAUCAGCCUUAUACUAGCAAGGAUCCUCCUGUGCAGUCGGCAAGGUCCUCGCAAAUGGGUCGGUCCGCAGAUAGCAAUAGAAUGUCACAUCCAGAACCAAAAGAAGAAAACCACGAGGCAGUUGUCACUCCUGAGCUAUUGGUGGAUGCACUCUCGGGGCACGAGGAUGGGCUUCUGGCUAUUGCGGAGCGGCUCAUGGAGCAUUAUGAUAGUGGAUACGAUGUCAUGGGAGAGGCAAUCAUUGAUGCCUUUGCAGAUGUGCAAAAAUUAUUUCAACACGUCGUGGAGGCAGCUCACAUGGAAGGAGCCGCCUUUGAAGCCUCCCGCCGGGAAGAAGAGAUUUCGGAAUUGCGGAAGCAAGCUUCGGCAGCCGGAGAACUCAAUCCCCAGGAGGACAGCCUUCAAAACGGUGGACAGAAUCAAAAUGGGACUGGUGGUCCCACUCGCCACGAUGAAUUCAUCGAUCAGGAUGUCAAGGAUAUUCUGAAUGAAGCGAUUCGGAAAGGAACCAACUACAGAAACAGCGGCAAGUACACGGAAUGCUAUCAUUUGUACGAGCAGGCAUGCCAGUCGGCGUCAUCACUGCUUCCGGUGGAUUCUGAUCACAGAGGACGUCUGCAGCUUUCUAUUGCAAGGGCAGAGAGUAUGAGCCAUGAACGUGCCUGCGCUAUUCUACGCUACGCCAUGGAUGAUGUGCUGCGAUCUGGUCUUCGAGCCGGAAAUGUGCCUCUACCAGAUCCCAGUCAACGUGCCGAUGUUGUUCUGAACAAACCUCGAGGCCAUCCCACAGCCACGGGAGCUACUGGUCAAGGAGGAGUUGUCCAAAGCUCGGAAGAAGCUUUGAACAGUCUUGUGGAAGAAAUGAGAGAGGUUCUUAGUGCUCCUGUAUACAACAACACUCCCAUCCAAAAUGUUGCUCAGCGGUUCCUGGCGGCCUUGGCGGAUGCACAGAAAUCGCAACAAAAGAACGAAGAAAAACUCGAGCAAAACUUGGCUAAGUUGAAGGGAGAUUUCCUGUUGGCACGAGCGGAAUGGGAAGAAAAGCUCAAUUCCACCCAGGAAACGGCGGAUAUCUUCAAAGAGAAGUACAGUAAGCUCAAGGAUUCUGUGCGUCAGAACAGCGCGGAUGGUUCAGGGUCGACGUACCUGGACCAUGCCCGGUCCGCCCUUGCAUCACAGCAGCAGAGAGUGAAUUCUGAGGAAGAGACUGAGACAUACGGAUUUUCCACGAUCCGGUCCACGGUAUCCAGGGCUGGCUCCCAUGCGUCCCUUGGAAGCGGACUCGCCAAUCAUGCAAGAAGCAUUGUAGGGUCAUUUUCAUGCGCUGGAGGCAAUGUCCGAUCAGGAGGCGUGAUUGCUCAAGAACUGGCCGAGAACCGUGAUGCUGAGAUCAGAGAAAUGGCCUUUCGGCACGAUUCUGGGAAGCGAGAUCGCGACCGUCGUCGCUCCAGCAACGGCGACAAGAGAAAUGCGCACAGUAUCAGCAUGAGCUAUAGCGAUCGCUCUGUUACGGCGAGCGAAGCACAGUCGCAGUCUACAGGCGGACAGCAACAGCAGAAUCGACGUACCCCUCACUCCGUGGCAUCGGGUUCCACGAGAAGCAAGUCGUCCCGCAGUUUUCGUGAGUACUCACGCUCACCGCAACGUGUCGACUUUUAGAUUGAAUGAGGUUGGCGUUGUGAAUGGGGGGCACCGCAGGUACUAGUAGUACAUUAAACACAAGCAUUGUCAAUGAUAUAUUUCCAUUUAAUAAAAUCAAGCACUCAGUUGCUCAUCUGGUUCCGGUG